CUCGAGUCUCGACUUCGGACCUAUACCACCACUACCACCAUCACCGCCAUCCCCGCCAUCACUACCAUCCCGCCAUUACCGUCAGCACAUUGAAACGUCGGGAAGGAAAGGAAAAUGGCAGAAGAUAGCGGCAUCGACCGCAAGGCGGAGGAGCGCAUGGAGUUCUCGACGUCCAAGGAAGUGUCGGUGGCGCCCACAUUCGAGGCCAUGCACCUCAAGGACAACCUGCUCCGAGGCAUCUACGCAUAUGGCUUCGAGUCGCCCUCCGCUGUCCAGUCACGCGCUAUUGUGCAGAUCUGCAAAGGUCGCGAUACUAUUGCCCAGGCGCAGUCGGGCACAGGCAAGACGGCUACCUUCAGCAUCUCCAUCCUGCAGGUCAUCAACACCGGCGCCCGCGAGACGCAAGCCCUGGUCUUGUCGCCCACGCGCGAACUCGCCACGCAGUCGCAGUCGGUGCUGCUCGCGCUGGGUGACUACAUGAACGUGCAAUGCCAUGCCUGCAUCGGAGGCACCAACAUCGGCGAGGACAUUCGCAAGCUCGAUUACGGCCAGCACGUUGUGUCAGGAACCCCCGGCCGAGUCGCAGACAUGAUUCGCCGACGCAACCUGCGCACUCGCUCCAUCAAGAUGUUGGUGCUGGACGAGGCCGAUGAGCUGCUGAACAGAGGCUUCCGCGAGCAGAUUUAUGAUGUGUACCGCUACCUGCCUCCUGCGACUCAGGUAGUUGUCGUCUCUGCGACGCUCCCAUACGAUGUGCUCGACAUGACGACCAAGUUCAUGACGGACCCUGUUCGAAUUCUCGUCAAGCGUGAUGAGCUGACGCUCGAAGGCCUCAAGCAAUACUUUAUUGCAGUCGAGAAGGAAGAAUGGAAAUUCGACACGCUUUGCGAUCUCUACGAUACUCUCACCAUUACGCAAGCCGUUAUCUUCUGCAAUACCCGUAGAAAGGUCGACUGGCUUACUGACAAGAUGCGCGAUGCCAACUUCACCGUGUCUUCCAUGCAUGGCGAGAUGCCACAGAAGGAGCGAGACGCGAUUAUGAGCGAGUUUCGACAGGGUAACAGCAGAGUGCUUAUUAGUACUGAUGUCUGGGCACGUGGAAUCGACGUGCAGCAAGUCAGCUUGGUGAUCAACUACGAUCUGCCAUCCAACCGUGAGAACUACAUUCACCGCAUUGGUCGGUCGGGACGUUUCGGUCGCAAGGGAGUGGCCAUCAACUUCGUUACUAGCGAGGAUGUUCGGAUUCUGCGUGAUAUCGAGUUGUAUUACUCGACUCAGAUUGACGAGAUGCCCAUGAACGUGGCGGACUUGUUGUCCUAGAGCGUCGCCACUUACUUCUGAUAGCUUCGACUGUGGUUCAUCAUUUGAAUAUGCCCAAGUAACGAUCAGGCGUUACUUGGUGCUGCUUGACUGGCAUCCGGCCAAUGGGGAUGGAAACGGGCAGUUGUAACGAUAUCCCCACAAUGCGAGCCCGACACUUUUCUUCAUUCUCCCCAUUCAUCCUCGAGACGUUCCCAGGUGCAAGUCCACAGGUGCGUACAUGUCCUUGAUCCUUUUCCAGCUAACUAGCGCCGUUCUGGAGCGACUCUAUUCAUCCUCCCGUCGUCUUUCCGUCGAUCACGUCUGACGGCGGAGGACGCAUCAUUGCCUGUGCUGUUGGUCAAGGCCCUCAUUUGUCCUCCACCGCGCUCUCAUCGUGUUCCGUGCUCCCCUGCGAUCGAGAUCCUCGCAUCAGCACCUCGAUUUUUUCCGUGGUCGAUGGUCAAUCGAGUGGUCACUACUUACAGUGCCAGCAUCGGGUCUAUGCGACGUCGCAGCAGCGUCUUCUUCUGCUUGCCGUCAGACCAAUCGAUUCGCAGACCAUGGAGUGUCACACAUGAGGUCUUACGUUUGAGCUCCGCGACCUGCUUCGCACCAUCGUCUUGCAAGAUUGCUUUUGCCUGUGCGGCGUGCUCGGGUUUUGUCUCCAGCUGCAUGAGAGCUUCGGCCGUUUCUUUGGCGCGCGCCUGGCUAUACGCUCUCAGGACUUCCGGAUCGACAUCGGACAUGGUCGGGCGGUCCGUCAGUCGUGCAAGGAUAUAUCUUCCACGUCUAGUUGCUACGGUAGGCGCGCAAUGGGGUCCCUGGAGUCGUUUCUUUUCUUAUUUUCGAUCUGUCCGAUAUGUUGUCGCUGUCGCUGCAGUUGUUAUAUUCGCUCGCAAUGGAGACGGAGGUCCAGGUAUGUAUGUACAUGUAUCACAGCAGCAGUGGUAACAACAUAUAUUCCUGCUACGUCAGAAUUGCUUCGCGCAUCAUGACCAUACCUUGUUCUUUGUUUGCAUCCUCCCGAGAGGCCCACAUAACGAUGUCAGAGGGCGCUCCAGCAGUGUCCACUUCACCUCGGCGGCCCCAGCGGAGGGCGAGCAGUGGUGGCGGUGUUGCCUCACUUUUCACCCUGUGCGGGCGGCCAUUUUGUGAUGAGUUUAACGUCGACGGAUAAUAUUUACAAAUCCUCCUCCAUUUCCUCACAAGUCACAACUCGCUGGCUGCAUCAUUAGCCUUGCGCCCGUGUGGCUGCCGGGCUAAAAUGCCGGGCUAAACGCCGGGCAUAUGCGUGUUGACGCAUGCCGGUUUCGCACUCAGCAACGCGCCUCGAUUAUCCCUGUGAGUAAAACUAACAUAAUAAUACAUCACCAAACCC